AUGUCGGCAAAUUCGAGGAAAAACAAACGAGGUGACCGGGGUUCUAGCUCAGGUUCUGCUGAAAAUUCCGCCAAGAAGCCAAACAGGAAGGAAACCGAGGAAGAAGGUAUAUUCGGCGACGAGGACUCCUCUGAAGAAGAACCAACUCUGCUGGAAAUUAAACUGAUGCUGUCAUCUAUGCAGUCCUCAAUUACGAGCAUCUCGAGUGAAAACGUCAAAUUUAGAGAAGACAUGGAGGAGCUAAAGAAGUCGCUGAGAUCCAAUGAACGUGAACUCAAGGAGCUUAAAGCGUCUCUUGAUAAGGCUAACAAGCAAAAUGCUCUACUUCAGAAAGAACUACUUGGGACUAAAACAAAACUAAACGAGCAGACGGAAACGAUCGACUCGUUGAUUGAAUCGCUUGAUAACCUCGAGCAAUAUUCGAGAAAAAAUUCCCUCGAAAUACAUGGUAUCCCGGAAAAUAUUUACACCUCAACGGAAGAAGUUGUUCUCAAGGUAGCUGAGGCUGUUAAUGUCCCUGUUGCUGCGGAGGACAUCGAAAUGUCUCACAAGUUAAGACGACGAAAUGGUAUGAAGCCUAUAAUCGUAAAAUUUUGUAGCCAUAAAGUCUCAGCUAUAUAAAGAGUGAACGAAAUUGAAGUCAGUAAAGAUAUCAGAUUUAUAUCCUAGUUACGCCUCAGCAGCAACAAAGCAAAAUCGUAUAUUUAUCAACGAAAACCUCACACCUCAUAGGGCAGACUUAGUGAGACAAGCGAAUGAUAUGAAGGCUGAUGGACUUUUAUCAAGUGUUUGGACACUAGACGGAAAGGUCUUUGUUAAGACUUCACCAUCAGGUAAUCCUGUUAGAAUUUACUCUGAAGAUGAUCUUGAUGAAUUAUAAAUGCUUAACAAACAUCCAUGAAAUAAGUACGGGAGGUCGAUUUCGCCAUAGGCUUAGAUUGUACGAAGGUUAGUCUCUUAAGCGUAUUUUUCUUAAAAAACUUUUGUACUUUAUUAGUUUUUGUUGUAAAGUUAGGUUUUUCUUUUUGCUUUUUCUUAUUAAUCUAUUCUGUUGCUUUUUCUUUGUUUGUUUUCUUUUUCUUGAUUAAUUCGUUGCUGUUGAGUUUAGUCAACGUAACCUAAUAUUAGCAUAACUAUUGUGCAUUUAAGUUUAGGUGUAAGAUUUUAGGUGAUAAUACAGUACGACACUUAUCAAAUUCCUAUCACUGAAUGUAAGGGGAUUACGCAAUCAUGUCAAACGAAGGGCAUUUUCGUAUCUAAAGAAUCAAAAAGCUGAUUUCUAUUGUCUCCAGGAAACAUUCUCACUGAAAGGAGAGGAAGUCUCUUGGGCUACAGAAUGGGGUGGGAAAGUAUUUUUCUCACACGGUACAGAACACUCUAAAGGUACUUGCAUAUUACAGAGACCAAAUUCUUUGUUUUCAUCUAGCGUCCAGCUUAUUGAUCCAGAUGGUAGACUAGUCAUUGUUAAAAUUAGGGAAGGCGUUGAUUUUUUUUUAAGCCUCUGUGUACGCUCCUUGUGA